GCUGAUAACUAAUAACCGAUAACCGAUAUAAAGACAAGAAUGAAAGGAGCAAAUAGUAAAAAUGCAAGCAUGCCAAUAAACAUAAGCAUGGUGGCACCCAAAAGCCUGAAGACAAUUGGAAAAUCCCUAAAAAGUGGGGUAACAAGGGUAGUAUUCCCAGAAGAUCUAAAAGUAUCAAACAAAAGAAUAAUUGAUCCUCAAGACAAAUCCCUAAUACUUUGGAACAGACUAUUUGUUAUAUCAUGUAUUAUUUCAGUAUCCAUUGAUCCAUUAUUCUUUUAUCUUCCUAUCCUUAAACAUCCUAAGGAUUGCUUAGGAAUGGACUACUCCUUAGCUGCUACUUGCACUUUUUUAAGGACUAUUUUUGAUCUUUUUUAUAUUUUUCACAUGGUUUUCCAAUUCAGAACUGCAUAUAUUGCACCUUCUUCCAGGGUUUUUGGAAGAGGUGAACUUGUUAUUGAUACUAUGGAGAUUGCUAAACGUUAUAUAUUCCGUUUUUUCUACAUUGAUGUUCUAGCUGUUCUUCCUUUACCCCAGAUUGUGGUUUUAAAAUACCUAGAUAAAGCACAUGGAAAAGCUAUAUUGGAAGCAAAGCAUUGGUUGCAAGUAAUAAUAUUUGUUCAAUACAUAUUCAGAUUUGCAAGGUUUUAUCCUUUAACUACUGAUCUGAAAAAGACAACUGGUUCUUUUGCUGAAAGUGCUUGGCUUGGUGCUGCUUAUUAUUUGCUGUGGUACUUGCUUGCUAGUCAUAUAGCAGGAGCACUAUGGUAUUUGUUAGCUGUGGAAAGAAUAGACACAUGUUGGCAAAAGGCUUGUCUAAGUGAAGGUGAUCGGUGCAAUGAAGAUUUGUUAUAUUGUGGGAAUCAUGAAAUUGAUACUUAUGAGACUUGGAGAAAUAUUAGUGUUGAAAUCAUUGGUAAGAUGUGUUCUGUGGAGGAUAUUGGGCCCACAUCCUUCAACUUUGGUAUCUAUACUCAAGCUAUUUCUUCUAACAUUGUUCAAUCUCAAACUUUCUUCACUAAAUUCUGCUAUUGCCUUUGGUGGGGAUUACAAAAUCUAAGUACACUAGGGCAAGGGUUGCAGACGAGUACCUAUCCUGGAGAGAUUAUAUUUUCUAUAUGUCUCGCUAUAUCUGGCCUUAUUCUUUUUGCACUUUUAAUUGGAAAUAUGCAGACAUAUCUUCAAUCACUGACAAUAAGGCUUGAGGAGAUGAGAAUAAAAAGACGUGAUGCAGAGCAAUGGAUGCAUCAUCGGUUACUUCCACAAGAACUUAGGGAGCGAGUGAGACGUUAUAAUCAAUACAAAUGGUUGGAAACAAGAGGAGUUGAUGAAGAGAACAUUGUUCAGAGUUUACCCAAAGAUCUUAGGAGGGACAUCAAACGACAUCUUUGUUUAAAUCUCGUUCGAAGGGUACCCUUGUUUGCAAACAUGGAUGAGAGGCUACUCGACGCCAUAUGUGAGCGACUAAAACCGACUUUGCACACAGAAAACACCUACAUUGUCCGCGAAGGCGACCCUGUGGACGAAAUGAUCUUCAUCAUAAGAGGACACUUAGAAAGUGUAACAACCGAUGGAGGUAGAAUAGGGUUUUACAAUCGUGGAUUACUAAAGGAAGGUGAUUUUUGUGGUGAAGAACUUCUAACAUGGGCAUUAGACACUAAAUCCCUUAACCUACCCUUAUCAACAAGGACAGUUAAGGCACUAACCGAAGUAGAAGCCUUUGCAUUAAGGGCAGAGGAAUUAAAAUAUGUUGCAAGUCAAUUUAGGAGACUUCAUAGUAAACAAGUUCAACAUACAUUCCGAUUUUAUUCUCAACAAUGGAGGACGUGGGCAGCUUGCUUUAUUCAAGCUGCUUGGAGACGUCAUAUUCGAAGAAAUGCUGCGGAGAUUCAACGAUUACAAGAACAAGGACACGAUUUUGCUAGCGGUUCUAUCCUUGCGACUACGUUUUAUGUGUCGAGAUUUGCUCGAAAUGCUCUUUGUGGGGUUAAUCGCCCUCGAGAUGAGUCUUGUAUUGUUGGGUUGUCGUUGCAUAAGCCUUCCGAACCGGACUUUUCUAACAUUGCCUAGGCUAAAUAGCUUGUGGUUGGACUAUUGUUGGUCUAGUAUGUUUUUUGUAGCAUAGGAAGUUAUCUUGGGAAGUAGAUGCAUGGUUAAUUAGUAGGAUGUAUAAUA